AUGAAUGACGGUACACUCGUCGUUCGUGGAGAGAAGGUUCCGUCGCGAAAUGUAGGUGAUGUUGGUUUUGCUGUGCACUCUUCUGUCGUCCAUCUUGUCGAUUCUCAUGAGAUCCUGUCACCUCGUCUGGCCAUUCCCCUCCGCACUCUACGCCAAAAACCCAUCAGUAUCAACAACUGCUACUCACCAGCAUCAGUAGCUGAUGAAUGCGAAUUGGACGCAUUUUACGAGAAGCCGGAGAAAGUGAUCCGCAACGAGGAGUCCUUCUACAAAUUCGUUGUCGGAGACUUCAACGCAAGACUAGGAAAGGCUACAAGAGAGGAAUAA